CUGCCCCGCGUCACCAGUCAUGGCUGCGCCCAGUGAGAAGGAGACCACGCAGGGACGGGGUUCGGGAUUGGGGUCAGUGCCCGGGUCAGUGCCCGGGUCAAGCUCAGCGGCCAAGGCCCCAGGAGCUCCCAAGCCGUGCCGGGCGUGCACAGACUUCACGUCAUGGAUGAAGGCGCAGAGGAAGGAGAAGGGGGCGGCAGCGGGCAGCGCUGCGACCGAGGAGGCAGAGCAGCGCAGAGCUGCCGCGGCGGCGGCGGCGGCGGCCGAGUGCCCCGCGGACCGCGAGGAGCUCGGCCGCAGCACGUGGACCUUCCUGCACACCAUGGCCGCCUACUACCCCGAGCAGCCGAGCGCGCAGCAGCGUCGCGACAUGGGGGAGCUGGUGCGGCUGUUCUCGCGCUUCUACCCGUGCGAGGAUUGCGCCAAGGACAUGCGAGAAAGGCUUGAGACCCGACCACCGGACACGAGCAGCCGCUGCGGCCUCUCACAGUGGAUGUGCGGCCUGCACAACGAUGUGAACCGCAGGCUCGGAAAGCCCCAGUUCGACUGCAGCCGCGUGGACGAGCGCUGGAAGGAUGGGUGGAGCGAUGGUUCCUGUGACUGAACGAUGGUUCCUGUGACUGAACGAUGGUUCCUGUGACUGAGCGAUGGAACACGUCGAUCGCCCACCCUCAUUUCCACCAAACUCCCCCCCCCCCCCCCCCCCCCCCAUGACCCUUGACUCAAACCCACGAUUUAAUACUCUUAUUACUAUGACUCUAAUCCUUUGUGAUGCCAAUCCAUGGUUACUGAUUCUUUGACUUCAGCAGGUGCGCGUGUGUGUGGCUCAGCGCACUUUGAUAUUGAAUGUUGAAAUAUAAAAGUAAAUGUUACAAUGCAACAACACUAUGCAA